CCUGUAGAUGAGCUUCAACAUGAGCGGGGCUCUCGGGCAGAAACACUGAAACAUCAUGACAGGAGCCGUGUGUCCAAAAUAAUAAAAGCCCUGCUGUUCCACCACUUCACCAUCGUAUCCCAGAAGGCCAUCAAAGAGGUUAUAGAUUUAGAGCAAGAGGUGUAAAGUGUAACUCAAGUCAAAAUGAGUGAGCGGCGUGGCCCAAACAAGUCAGCUGCUCUCCAUAGUGGACCUCCUGCACGAAGCUAACAGAGCACAAAGCAAGCGUCUCUGCUCCUGCCACACCUCCAUGGGCCAAGGAGAAUCACACAGGGGAUUCCCAUGAGGUUGAAGUCAUGUUCAGAUCGGAAAGAUGUGCUUUGUUGGUGACUCUCCUCUGUGGAAAAGCUGUGGAUCAAUGUCCGAGAGUUCUGCACUUCCCAGACCAGGGACCUGAGGCCGGGAAGGAAAGCUCAGAAUGGCCAGAUUCACUCAGACUGAAACAAGAAGGCAGCACCAUCCACAGCAGCCCCAGCCCGCUCACUCCAGCCUGGUUUUCACCGGACCGGGGGCAUCACCGACCCAACAACCACUACUACUUCUCCCACAUCAGCACCAGUACCCUCAGAUCACAUUUCCGAAACCCAUGAACGGGUCAGAACCCAUUUCCAUUCAUCCGGAGAGCGGCAACAUGAAAGACCAAGAUGCCAUUAAGCUGUUUAUCGGGCAGAUACCGCGGAACUUGGAGGAAAAAGACCUGAAACCCCUGUUUGAACAGUUUGGGAAAAUCCACGAACUGACAGUGCUUAAGGACCGAUACACCGGCAUGCACAAAGGUUGUGCAUUCCUCACCUACUGCGCCCGCGAGUCGGCCAUCAAAGCCCAGAACGCCCUCCAUGAACAGAAAACACUGCCAGGGAUGACUCGCCCAAUCCAGGUGAAACCGGCUGACAGCGAGAGCCGUGGAGAAGACAGGAAGCUGUUUGUCGGGAUGCUGAACAAACAACAGACUGAGGAGGAUGUUUACCGCCUCUUCGAGCCCUACGGAGUCAUUGAGGAGUGCACGGUCCUAAGAGGUCCUGACGGCAACAGCAAAGGUUGCGCCUUUGUCAAGUUUUCCACACACACCGAGGCCCAAUCUGCAAUCAGUGCCCUCCACGGCAGCCAGACCAUGCCAGGCGCCUCGUCCAGCCUGGUGGUCAAGUUUGCCGACACAGACAAGGAGCGCACCAUCAGACGCAUGCAGCAGAUGGUUGGGCAGUUUGGCAUCUUCAACCCGGCCAUCGCACUUCCCUUCAGCACCUACAGCUCCUACGCACACGCGCUCAUGCAGCAGCAGGCAGCCAUCAUGGCAGCAAGCCACGGCGGUUACCUCACGCCCAGCGUGGCCUUCCCCGCCACACAGAUCCACCAGAUGGGGGCGCUCAACAUCAACGGUCUCCCACCCACCCCCAUGACCCCGGUGUCGGGUGAGUUUCAUCAAACCCUGGGCCUGAGUUCCCCACCAGCCAACAUCACCACCUCCGCUGUGCCCAGCAUCGUCACGCCCAUCGUCAACGGAUUCACCGGCAUCCCUCAUCAGCCUAACGGACACCCUGCCGUGGAGACUGUGUAUACCAACGGCCUGCCGCCCUACUCCACCCAGAGUCCCACCGCUGCUGACACCCUCCAGCAAGCCUUCACUGGGGUACAGCAAUACACAGCAAUCUACCCAGCCACCACACUGACUCCCAUUAGCCAGACACUGCCCCAGCCACCCCAGGUCAUCCAGCAGCAGCAGCAGAGAGAAGGUGAGGGUCCAGAGGGUUGUAACCUGUUCAUCUACCACCUGCCACAGGAGUUUGGAGACAAUGAACUCAUGCAGAUGUUUCUGCCCUUUGGCACCGUCAUCUCCUCCAAAGUCUUCAUGGACCGGGCCACCAACCAGAGCAAAUGCUUUGGGCAGGCAUGCACCUCCUCUCCCUACCUUCAUCCAUUGCUCCCUCCGGCCUUUGCCCUAAUGGGCCAGCACCGUGGUUUUGUGAGCUUUGACAACCCUGCUAGUGCACAGGCAGCUAUUCAAGCCAUGAAUGGCUUUCAGAUUGGGAUGAAGAGGUUGAAAGUCCAGUUAAAGAGACCGAAGGAUGCCAGCCGCCCUUACUGACACAGCCUACCUUCUGUAUUCACCGCAACAGCACAGGUUUCGAGGACGCGUGAAGAUAUCUCGGAGGAGUUAAACUUUUUUUCUUUGAAAACAAAUAAAAUAUGUUUUAAAAAAAUCGACACAUAAGGAAUUUUUGAAGACAUAUCAGCAUUUACUUAUGAAGAUAUAGGUUACGGCAGAAGAGGAAGAUGCGGAAGAGGAGACCCUACACCGGGGGACUUUACCAACAGUAACAGAUGGCACAGUGCAAGGAAGAUAAAAGAAGUAAAAAAAAACUGAAAAGAUGUGAUGAGACUGAACAACAGAACUUUUCUUGUUGAGACUUGAAUUGUUAAUUAAGCAACAAACUAACAAACAAAAAAGCAGCAACAACAAAUAGAUUUCUAUAUACAUAUUAUAUACACAUAUAUAUAAGGAAAGAGGCGCUUGUGGCUUUUACUAUACUGGACAAAUGAGGGUUAAAACUUGAAGAUCAAGAAAAACAGUGGAAAAAAGAAGCUAUUCUGUAUGUCCACUGACAGACUUUCUUUCUCUUUCCCUCUUUCUCUUAUUCUCUCACCGUCUCUCUCAGCAAGCGCAGAACUAUGACUCUCGGAGGUCACUGAGGUUUCCAUUAGCAACAGUAGAACUGCAAAUCUUUCACCCAUAAGGGACCAAAGGACCAAACAUUUUUAUUGUUCUGAACAGUAAUAUAUAGUAUUAAUGAUACUAAUACUACAAACUACUACUAAUAAUAUUACAAGUUAAACUUAAGAAGAAAUACUAGCUUCAGGUUGAAAAAAGAGGAAAGGGGUUUUGGUUUCUUUUCCUUUUACAUUUAUAGCAACUGGGUUUGAGAAUAUUAAAACAAAACAGAAAAAAAAUCGUUAAAAAAAUGAAAAAAAUGAAAAGCUAUACUAUUUUAGUGGCGUAGAAUAUGUGGGUUAGAGAUUGUUUCGGGCAUGUUCAGAUCUGUUCUUUUGACGGUCAUUACAUCAUCCACGGUAUUUUAUAUCCAAACAUUUCAUCUCGGACUUGUGAUUUAUCAGUGUUACUGUGUUGUACGAAUGACAACACAGCAUUUGAAGCCAUUGAAGCCCCAUAAAUUAGUGCCAAAAGUGACACGGUAACAACCUCUCCAGCCAAACGCAGACAUACAGUAUAUUGAGCCAUGUAACGCUGUCUUCUGUUCUUUCCAGCGGCCUUGUCAGGACAUUGCAUUUCCACAGUAAUUGAUUGUCAUUGUGAAUUCUCAUCUUUCCCACUGAAGAGAAAGGCAUUCCAUGUCAGGGAAGUGGAGGCACCAUCAUUAAAGCAUAGAUAAUACAGAUAAUCUGACCAUAAAGCACUGUGGUAAAAGUGCCACCCGGGUGAGUGAGGAUACGCAGCAGUAAAAACGCGCAGCAUCUUUAACUGGUUAAUAAAAUCUACAAAUUACCCUGACAAUAGUUAUAAAAUUGCCAUCCAAGUGUCGCAGUAGUGCCUGCCGGGUCCUGCCCUCUCCUGCUGCCAAGCUUCUCCAGCUGCUCUCAGCAGGGGGAGAGGACCCCGCACACACUCCCCUUUCCUCCCCUCAGUGCCACCACUUCUCUCUCUUAAUAGGGACAAUCAGUUUACGGGGGCCUGAGAGCUAACCCACAGCAUAAUUAGGAUAAUGCUAAUAUUGAUCAGAUGAGGAGCAGCACCGCCGGGCAAGAGAUGCACAAUCAAUUACACAUUGGCAUUUUGAAUGAAUUGACUGACUGACAGAGUUCAUAGAUGGAUGGGAGGGAGAUGAAGCAUUGUCUUUUCUCCCUCUCUCUGGCAUGCAUAGCCUCAGGGAGGAUGUAUCCCGAAUUUGAAGCAGCACACGCUGUGGGACUGAUGGGCACCGAAUGGCAGCUAUGGUUUGGAAACUCUUGCUUAUAAUUAACGAUUGUUAGGAAGAGUCUAUGUAGCAUAGCUGUGACAAGAUCAAGUCAAGAGCAACAUGAUGCACGCCCUUGUUUUGCAUUUAUCUUCAGCAGAUUGAACGCGUUCUUCAUUGAAGAGCAGGUGUAUUCCUUCCAAAGGGCAUAACAGCGCAGUUAAAGCUUGUACACCAUGAGGAACAGCUUUGCAUUACCAGCCUUAGGAGGUCAAAUUAAGAGCAAAAUGAUCCAUCAAUUAGACAGCAGCAGGCCUGACUGUAAGUGCUGCUGCAGUAGCUGCUGCUGCUGCUUCAACAGGACGACAGCUUACUAUUAGCACCAAUCACACUUGGGUCCUGUACAGUGUGCUCGUGUCACAUCACGCCCCAUCGGAUGUGAUUUAUCAAAUAAACCGGCGUCACAUAGAGCGACGCCGGGGGACACAUCUUACACACAGAUAUCCGAGAUGAAGUCUCUUGUUUAUUCAUUUGUUGUUGCUUUUCUGAAUCUUUGUACUCUUCGUUGCCUUUUUGUGUCCAUUUCAGCCUCAGAACUAUGCCGUUUUUUCUUCUGCGCAGUCUUUGUUUAGGUUUUUUAAAUUUAUCAAGCAUGCCAUGUGCUCUGUGAAGCAGCCCUCGUCUGCUGAAGUCUCUGUGAGGCCUCUGUCCGGUAAACUUUAGACGCUGCAUCGCCUCAGUCAUGCAAUUACAGCUCUAUCUCUAUUGCCCUAUAUAUUGAGUCUGCACAGAUGCAGCCUCUAUGCCAUUGUAAUCUGUGCUGGUACAACAAAUGCUGUUGCCAGAAAGGUCCCUUUUUCACUCUCAGUUGACCUCACUGAAUAUAUCACUUCUUUGAAUACAACCAUAGCUAUGGUACAGCCGCAGCUCAGCCAUUUUGUUUGCCUGAUUACCGGCUCACAGGAUACAUAGAAGCUCACACGGCAUUAUUAGCAAUAGGUGUAUCACUUUUCUUUGAAAGUCUGUGGCCAACAAACCGUUUGAACACGAGUUCAGAAAAAUGCUACCAGUAUUCACUGUAAAACAUGCUGCUGUAAGCGAUUGCAGGCAGUUUGUAAAUGCUGUACAAAAGAAAGUCUUUUUUCUGCCUUUUCUCAAUGCAGAUUUGCUGAAUCAUACAGGCAAAUCUGUUAGGAAUAGCUGUCCAUUUCAUUUCCUCAUGAUGCUUUAAAUGUGCUACAUUCCUUUGAAAAUACAAUGGGUUAAAUCUGUCAGACCAUUUCCUACUAAGAAGCAAAUAUUCAGUAAAUAAUCAUCAGUAGGAUGAAGGGUGUGAUUUUGCAUUGCUGUAUAACAUUACCAUUAUAAGGAGGAGGGUAGAUUCAGAGUAAAAUGAUAUACAACAGGGUUUUUCAGUGAAAAGGUAGAUUUUCAAAUAUAUCUGCCAAACGAGAGCAGUUUUUCCUGGUGACUUACUGGAAGUUUCCUCUCACUUGUCAAAGCCUAGCACCUUUAGGAAGCUGUGAUAUAUGACCUCCUAUCCCCAGGCCAUAUAGGGCCUUAUAAACCCACUCAAAAAUCUUUUCUUAUGGGAUUUCAACUGGAGGGUUUUGUAAAUUAUUAAAAUCAAAUUAAAUUUGGCCUUCACAACAGCUUGGGUAAUGCAAAUUAAAGAUGCCAGCUGUGGCUGAAAUUUAAUGAGUUUGAAAGAUGUUGAGUUAAUUUCAUUCUGCCGAGGAAAAAAAAAGUUGGAUUGAACACUAUUAAAACAUUGAAGGUUUGUGGAUGGAUACAGUUUCCAGCUUACUGGGUUUACAGUUAGACCUAUGAAAUUUAAUAGAUCAAAUGUGGGGUGAUUUCAUUUGCAAAGUUUCUGAAUUUAUUGGAAAUCCACUUUGUGAAAUGGCUCUAAUUCUUAUUCUCUGACAGGCUAAAGAGGAAAUGGCAGUAAUGAUUGCCGCUGCACUAACAUUGCUGCAUGUUCUAAAGCUGGAGUUUUUCUUUCUCUUUUCUUUUUGAUUUCUUUCUCUUUUUUUGGCAUUGUUUUCAUUGUUGCCUCCAUUUUGUCAUGUCAUAUUUGUCAUCCUGCCAUUGUGCCCUUUCAAUCUCUGAGCAUGCUCAAUAGGGGGACUGGGGGCUUAAAGAUUAUGAUUAUGGUACUACUCGUAUUAACAAUAUGAUUCUUUAUGGUUUGAAUGCUAAGGAUAGUAGCUUAUUAUAAAUAUGAAAUCUGUAUAUUAUGGAAAAUCAGCACAGGACCUUUCUUUAGGUACAUAUAGGUU